AUGGAUAAUACAGAUGUAGAACUUUAUGAUUUGAAUAGACGCCGCAGAAGCAGUUUCCGAAGAACAUGGGAUCCUUUUAUGUUAAAAACAGUCAAUGAUGAAGAAGAAGUAACCAAGAAAUCCAUUCAGUUUCUUCAGUAUACAGUCUGCUUAAUCUUUGGAAUUUGUGUGCUUGGGUUUGUUUUUCUCAGCAAGUCCAGUCUUCUUUUAUUGAUCAGCAUUUCAAACCCAAACUCACCCUUUGAAAACAAACCUUUCGCCCAUCUUGUCUUGGCUUGUACAUUAAUGGUGCCUCAUGUCUUGUCAUUUGGAAAAGCCUUAUGGAAAACAUCAUUUAAGUCAUCCUCUAGUCCCCCAAAGCUAAUUCUUGGCAUGGUAUGCUUGAUUGAAGCAAUUAUCGCACUUGCCACUGCAGUCCUUGUGCUAGUCUGUUUACCUCACUUUGACUCUAUAACAAAUCUGUGCAUUUUGAAUGGGGUCUGUCUGUUUCCCUCAUUUCUACAGAUAUUGCUUAAAUUGAAAAAUUUCAGAUGCAAUUUGCUACCCCCGCUAAUUGGCUUUGGGUUGACUUUUGUUGGCCUAUUGCUCUUUAUUGUGGUCCACAUUCCUCAGCGGCUGUCAAAGGAUACAAGAUACCUCCAGAUAUAUGUAGCCGUAGCAGUAGUUUCCCUAAUACUAAUAUCCUUCAACUGGUGGGAAAAUUUCAUUUUGGAUUGUAAAGUUAAACACUUAGAAAAAAUAAAGGAAACACUGAAUAUGAAAAAAAAUUUCACAUAUCUCUGUACCAGUGCGGUUAGGAUUAUAGUCACAUUAGCCGUAAUGGGGGCAUGGAUUCCAAUUAAAAAGUAUAACUGGGAAGAUCUGAAAACAGUCUCUGAAAUUGAAUUAAAAACUGUUUUGAGUCUCUUCGGGAUACAAGCAUGUUCUUCUCUCCUAUACUACUGGUUUAGUAUCCUAGUGUGUAAAAUGCAUGCAGUCAAACGGAGCUUUAUAGUGCCAUCUAUAUUAGCCACACCUCUGGUAUUUAUUGCUAUUUUGAUCAUGCUCUAUGAUAGCUCUAACAAGUAUGCUGAAGGAAUUACUUUUAAUCUGACCAUCUUCUGCAAUAGUUUAAACUUUACCAAUGAAACUAAUUCUGUACGGAUCCUAUUUUUGGAAAUCCCACAAAGCUUUUGCAGAACACAGGCAAUCUUAAAUACCAGCAAUGUUGGGUUGGGACUAUUUUUCUCAGCAGCUGUAUGCUUUUGGCUUGGGCUAUUUUUCUCAACAUUCUACGUUUGGAACCGCCACUUUCAAAGGAUUGAACGGACAUCCCAUCUCUUUGUCCGAUGGCUAUAUGAAGCUGCCUUCAUGGAACAGUCAAUGCUGUUGAACACACGGGCCCAGGAUAAGGUGGAAAACAAGGAAUGCAAAAGGAAAUCAGAUCAUGUCAUGAUCUAUCUGUGUGCAACAAUGUGGCAUGAAACAGUGGAUGAAAUGGAAAAAAUUCUUUCCUCAAUAUUCAGGCUGGACAAAUACAAACCCCAUGCUGCAAAAUCACAUAAAGACAAUUUUGAUUUUGAAACGCAUAUUUUCUUCGAUGAUGCAUUUACUUUUGUGGAUACAAAUGAAAAUGUGCAGGAAAGAGUUGUGAAUGAGUAUGUGAAGAACCUUGUUGACACAAUGGAGGAUAUUUAUAGGAUAUUUUCACGUGAAAAGCGCACUUCCACGGAGGAAGCGGAACAGGAAGAUGAUGAAUUUGUGAGGCAAUCUAUAAUGGAGACACCGUAUGGUGGAAGAAUCAGCUAUACACUUCCAUAUGGAAACACCCUGCAUGUCCAUAUGAAAGACAAACAGAAAAUCCGACACAAGAAGAGGUGGUCUCAGAUCAUGUAUAUGUAUUAUCUGCUGGGAUGGAAGCUAAGUAGGAAGUACACCACCUUGUCAGGAAAAUCUGCAGAUGAAGUAUCUGGUGAACUUCCCUUACUGAUUGAGAAGGAAAACACCUAUAUUCUGGCAUUGGACGGAGACACUGACUUCCAGCCCUCAGCUUUGAUUUUGCUUGUUGACAGGCUGAGGAGAUAUCCACACGUGGGGGCUGCAUGUGGUAGAAUACAUCCAACAGGAGUUGGUCCUAUGGUGUGGUACCAGAAGUUUGAAUAUGCUGUUGGUCACUGGCUCCAGAAGACAGCUGAACACGUGUUAGGCUGCGUGCUGUGCAGUCCAGGCUGCUUCAGCUUGUUCAGGGCAGAGGCUCUAAUGGAUGACAAUGUUGUGAAAAAAUACACCACCAGGGCAACCGAAGCGCAACAUUUUGUCCAAUAUGAUCAAGGAGAAGACCGUUGGCUAUGCACACUAUUGUUGCAACAAGGAUGGAGAGUGGAAUACAAUGCAGCUUCAGACGCCUACACAAAUGCACCACAAGAAUUCAAGGAAUUCUACAACCAACGACGCCGUUGGGUACCAUCAACUUUAGCAAAUACAAUUGACCUUCUGGAUAGUGCGGCGGAAACAUCAAAGAAAAACCCUUCAAUUUCAAAACUCUACAUGCUGUACCAAAUUGUUGGAACAGCAGCUUCAAUUCUGGGUCCCUCCACUGUGGUCUUGAUGAUAGCAGGAUCAUUUACCUUUGUGUUUGGUUGGAAUGGAAAUGUUGCCCUGGCUCUUGGAGUUAUUCCUCCAGCUCUUUAUAUACUCAUCUGUUACCACGUCAAAUCUGAUACUCAGAUCAAUAUUGCUGCAGUUCUGAGCAUCUUAUAUGCUUUUCUAAUGAUUGCAACAAUGAUGUCCAUCAUUGGUGAGAUGGUCAGAGAGCAGACUUUUAUCACACCAACUGGGUUGUUCUUCAUCUCUAUGAUGAUCCUUUUCGUCUCAACAGCACUGCUACAUCCCCAGGAAUUCCACCUUGUUUUAUAUGGAAUGCUGUACAUAAUUUGCAUUCCAAGUGGAUACCUGCUAUUGCCAAUUUAUUCUAUGGUGAACAUGAAUAAUGUUUCUUGGGGCACUCGUGAAGCAGCCUCCUCAAAGAAACAGACCAAAGCGAAGCCGCAACAAAUUAAGCGAUAUGAAAAGAAAUGCAAGUGCAUCUGCUGGGAUGUUGAACUUGUAAUAAAAGAGGAUAAAAAGGAAGAAAUUCGACAAGUAGACAGUAGUGCAACUGAUGAAGUAGAAGAAUUGGAACCCAGAAUUGACGAAAACUGGAUUUACAAAUUGCAAAAGGAGUCUGUCCAUAUAGAUUUUGUUCAAAAGAAUCUUGAUGAAAAUGAAAAACCAUUCUGGAAUGAUCUCAUUGAGGCGUAUCUUAAACCAAUUGAUGAAGAUAAAGAGAGACAGAAGGAAAUUGCCCAAAAUCUGAAGUCCCUGAGGAACAAGGCCACUUUCCUAUUUUUCAUCAUUAAUGUUCUGUGGCUUGUUUCAACAUUCUUUCUGCAACUGAUUGGCCCAGAUAUACACAUAAAGAUCCCCAAAAUCCUCCCAAAUGGCAGCCUCUCGGAAGCUGAAUCUCUAGAAGUUGAGCCAAUUGGUUUUAUGUUCUUGAUAUCAUUUGCUAUACUGCUGGGAAUCCAAUUCGUCACCAUGUUGUACCACAGGAUUAAUACCCUCAUCCACUUCAUUGCGUACAAAGGAACUGAAGUGAAACCUCAAAAGACUGUUGGAGCAUAUCAAAAGCAUAAAGAUUUCGAAGAUUGACAUUAUAUAGAAGAUAAAUCAACAGAGCUGGAGAAGAAUUGAACUACAACUUGUUGUUUUCAUACUUAUACCAGCAUUAACUGUUUGAAGUUCAACUGCAUACUAAUCAUGUUCCUAAAUGGAUAUUUAUGAAGUAAAAACUGGCGACCCAUUAGUAAUUAGUAAGAGGCCAUUACAAAUAGAACUAGAUUGAUUAGAACUGCCUGUUACACACAUAUAUGAAGUGAGCACCCGGUUGGCAACAUGGCUCCCUGUGAGAGGUGGAAAACCAAUUCUCAUCCACAACUCAGUUCAUCCCUUGAGUUAACAUCUGAAGCCUAGACUACAGGCUGCUGCUGAAGGCAUGAUUGGUGUCUACUAGCUACUGACUCUCAGUAGAAAUUGACUGUACAGCCUCUGUCCCAGGCAGAUGAAAACUAGUCAACCAAAUUUACAUUUUUCGGCCAUCAGUCUAAGAAAACAGCUUUGUACUAAUUUGGGGAUCACUUAGACUCUGACUGCAUAAUUGAUGACUGAAUCGUACUGACAUAUUGUUAAACCAGUGCUAUCAGAUUUGGUUAAUGGCCUUUACAUCUAUAAUUAACUCAGCCACGUAGUGAAUAUUUUUUAAGAACACAAUUUUCAUUAACAAAGCAUCUCAGGGAUGACCAAUAUAUUUUGUGGAUGUAAAUACUUAUCUUGAUCUAUGUCAAACUAUAAUAUUCCAUAUAUGACAAUCUAAUUAAAGAAAUGAGGUGAAAAUUUCAUCUAGAUACAUUCCACUGCAAAACUUUAUAUUAUGCAUGGAAAUAUUCCUUUUUAGAACACAAACUUGUGCCACUAACAUCAUCAGUCUUCCCUCAUUGUUCCUGUUUGUUUAUUGAUGCUUCACCCAACAUUCUUGUUCUGAACACUUACAAUGACAGCAGAAGUCAGUCUUGUGUUGAACCGUAUUUUGCUGUUGUGACAAUCAGCUUUGGGCAAGGUGAACAUAAUUUGCCCAAGUCAAAGGAUAAAGAGCAGCAGUUGAUAAAUAAAAGAGCAAUGAUUUAUUGUUGGACUGGGAUGAUUAGCAUCUUUAUAGUGCAAAAAACAUCCAAUGGUCUUUCAUUGUAUAUUAGUGCAAGAAGAUAAAGAUAAUUUUGUACACAGGUGCAUGUGCACAAGCACACUCAUAAAAUGAAAGUGCAUUAUGCCAAAUGAACAGAAUUAUUAAUGUGCAAUUGCAGUAGUCUUCAACUGAUCAUGAAUUAGUAGAAUUUAAACUUUUGCACAAAAUGGUCAGUUGUUCCAGUUUCUGUUUACUAUUAUCUCGUAGCUAUAGAAUAUGUAAAAGAAACAAAAAUGUUAAUUUAUUAUAAAUAACACAAUAAAUGUGCUAUCAAUUAAAUAUCUUUUUAUAUCUAUUUGGUUUUGGAGUACAAUUGUUUGGUGUAUUUUGGUAUAUUUCACAAUUGCAAAUGGUAGGAAAUACUCAUG